AUGCGCUCGAUCGUGUUACUGGGGCUGGCCGCUCUCGUCUGCGGCGUUCGUUGCCGGGAUAUUCGCUUCGAGCAUUUGCCGCGUCAGCUCCGACUGCCGUUCAAGGACAAACGCGGCCUCGGCGACCACCCCGCGGCUUUCCCGUCCCACGGAUCCUCUUACUCGACUCCCAUUCACCCGAGCCUGAGUUCCGGUUACAGCCUGGGAGGACCGUCCGGCGGCUUCUCCCUGGGCCACGGCGGACUCCACGGCUUGAGCGGCUCGGUCGGCCACGGAAUCACGUACCCCAUCGCUUCGUCCAGCGGUCUCGGUUUAGGAUCCGGCUUCCUGUCUUCCGGAUUGGGCCACGGCUCGUUGAAUCUGCAAAGCGCUUCUCUGGCGGGACAUUCCGCCCAGGGCAGCUACUCCGUGCCCAGCAUCGCGAGCAUCGGCCUGAGCGGCGGUGGAGGAAGCAACGGGCUGUUCAGCCCGUCGAAAACCGGGCCCGUCACCUUCGGGCUUCACGGCGGCGGCGGCACUUCGGCGAGCUCUUCCGGGUCGAACGCGUACUCCACGCCGGUUUACGCAUCCGGGAACCACGGGCUGUCGGCUUACAGCAGCGGGAGUCUCAUGCUGGGGGCGUCGCACGGCUCUGCGUACAACCUGCCGUUGAGUUCCUCCGCGGGAUACGCUGCGCAGGCCGCGUCUCCGAGUGCUGGGCAUCCCGUGACAGGCGGCCUGGUCAUCUCCACCGGAUCGCACGGCUCCUCCCACGGCGUCGCCGCUCUCAGCAGCUCCUCGGGCUCCCGCGGAACCUCGUACUCUCUUCCGAUAACUUCCGGAUCACACGGAGGCUCCGCGUCAUCCGGCUACUCGAGCCCCGGCUCCAGCUACGGCUCCGUCAACUCUCACGUCGGACUCUCGAGCGGCUCGUCCGACAGUUCCAGCUACGUGCUGCCGAUCUCCUCGGGAUCCUACCCGGGCUCCGGCUCCUCCGGCUCCAGCUCGUACACGAACUAUCUGCCGGCUCAGGCGGACGGUAGCAGCGGCUCCUCCGGCUACUCUAGUCCCAGCGUGAGCUACGCGCCGCCGAGCUCGAAUUACGUGAGCGCCAGUCCCGAUUACUCGGCCGCCGGCUCCAGCUACUCCGGCUCCAGCUACUCCGGUCCGGCUUACGGAACGCCCGGAACGUCCAACUACGCGCCCGCAUACGCCAGUCCCUCCGGCUCGUACAGCGCGGAGUCGCAGGCUGCCUACUCCAGCGUGAGCCCGAGGUACCUGGGAUACGCGAAAGCGUACGACAGUCUGGACUCCGGAAGCGUCAAGUACGACACGAUCUCGUACUCGAGUCCUAACGGGAAAUAUUGA